AUGUCGGAGCCUGUGACCAUGGAACAGGCAAUAAAUGGCGUCCGCCGUUAUCAACAGGUUCACCAGGCCAUGUUUGGCAAGGUGAAACGCGAUAAGCGCAAGGUUGAAACUGACGAGGACCGCCAUGCAGUGUAUGCGGUGGAAGACGUAUCAGCUUCGCACAAUAGACGAAAGUCACCUGUUAGACGCCGACCAAUGUCUGGAGCAUGUUAUGGUUGUGGCGAAAAGGGGCAUUUCAUUAGAGAUUGUCCAAAGGGAGCAGACAAUGGUGCGGUCAACCAGCCGUUAAACAAGAAAGGGUCGAGUUCGAAGGCCGACACUCGAUCCGGAAAGGACCAGGCCUAA